AUGCGGACUGUUGUCGUCAGUGUGUCGGCGCCGACGCUGCUGCUGCUGCUGCACAGCGAGCGGCCGUCGCUCGUGAGCGCGUCCGACACGCACUGCGUCAAGUGGCGCGCGACGUCGAACUGCGAUCCGCACGGCCUGCGCGAUCCGCAGCACGACGCCGCGUGCUCCGAGCGCAUUCCAUCGGACCUCUCGGGCUUUUGCGAGUGCGAGGGCCGCCGCCGCGUGCGUGAAGUAGCGUGCGACCACCACGAGUUUACCUGUGAAGAAGCGUGUGCAGAGGACUCGUCGGCUGAGCUCAGCUACCCACAAGGCUUUGAGCAUGUGACAUGCGGUAGUUCCAUUAAGCUGGUACACGAACCAAGUCGCUACCGUCUGCACUCGCACGACAUUGCGUACGGCAGUGGCAGUGGUCAGCAGUCGGUCACGACGCACAUGGCACGAAACGAUGUCAAUAGCUACUGGCUCGUGAAAGAAGGGGACGCAGAUCCCGUGUGUGAAACAGGGAAGCCUGUCGAGUGUGGGGCGACCAUCCGGCUGGAACAUUUGCAGACACGACGCAACUUGCACUCGCACAUGUUUGAGGCACCGCUGUCGACACAGAAUCUAGAAGUCAGUGCUUAUGGAGUGGCCGGGGAAGGGGACAGGUCCGACUCGUGGGUCGUCGAGUGUCAAGAGGGCCAGCAGUGCUCGGCUCAGGAUCAGUGUGAUGAUGACGUCGGACUGUGGAAACGCGGAGCGCUCGUGCGCCUUCGCCAUCGUGCGACGAGCCACUUGCUGCGCACGAGUGUCACGGCGCGAUUCGACGAUACCAAUUGUCCGCGUUGCCCCAUCAAUGGCCAGCAAGAAGUUAGUGCGAGCUCCCUGCGCGACGACGAAACGUUGUGGUUUGCUGGCGAAGGCAUUUACGUGACGGAGUGA